CGUGCGUGCAGCUUGUGCUUGAGCGCUCGAUGUGAGCUGUGUGUGUUUUAUCCUGAUUUUCAAAGGGAUUCUGCAGUGAGAGUCGAGUAAAGUGAAUCCAGCAGUUCAGUUUUCCUUGUGGCAAAGUUAUCCGUGCUGGUCAUUAGGAUACACAAGCUUCUGACUGAAGCUUAAUGAAAAAUCGAAGGAGUCUGCAACAAGUGUCGAAGCGUGAACGUCUGUAUGUGUGUGUGUGUCUGUAAACCAAUACAAAAGUAAUCAAAGCUGAGCGCAUUUAAGCAAAAAGUGUGCUUGGGCAACACGACAGGAAGUCAAUGAAAAUAAACACAUAAAAGCAACUUGCGGUCUACUGAAUUAUGUCAACGACCAUUCAGCGGGAGGAAAUAAUAAUGGAUGUGGCUGAGGCUGUUAAUACGCCGCCGACAGUGGUCAAUGCGAUUGUUCAGACAGUCCAAUCCAUAAUUAGCAGCACAACGGCAAAAGCAACAACAAGUGUAUCAGACUUGGGCAGCUCUAGCAUCAGCACCGCAGCUGCCUUCACCACCACCACCACCAUCCCCACCAGCACCACCGCUGACACCACAGAAGGAACAAUACCAACAACAUUCUCAACGACAACAACAACAAUAACAACAUCGUCGUCCAGCAUGACAGAGAAGCCCAGCGUGAGCGAUUUAAGCAGCGCACUGCAACAUUUUGGCAUUGUUGAUUAUUUGGUUUUCAUAGCCAUGCUGGUGGUCUGUGCCGUAAUUGGCUUCUACUUUGGCUUCAUCGAGAAGAAGAAGAAACAGCAAAAGGGCCAACUGCCCACCGAUGAAAAAGAUGGCGCCGGCACCGCCGGCAUCGAGGAGCGUCGCGGCUCGGAGGCCUUGGAUUACUUGGUGGGUGGACGCAAAAUGAAAGUGUUUCCGGUUUCGCUAUCCCUGGUCGCUAGUUUUGUUUCGGGCAUAUCAUUGCUGGGCACAUCAACGGAGAUUUAUGUGUAUGGUACGCAAUAUGCGUUCAUAUUAGUUACGCUGGCCAUAUCGGGAGUCAUAUCGUGGUAUAUCUUCCUGCCCGUCUUCUGCAAUCUACAAUUGACCUCCACAUAUGAGUACUUCGAGCUGCGCUUCAACAGAACAACUCGUGUAGUUGCCUCGGUGCUCUUUAGCAUAACCACACUAAUCUGGCUGCCUAUCGUCAUCUAUGUGCCAGCGCUGGCCUUUAAUCAGGUGACGGGCGUAAAUGUUCAUGUAAUUACGCCGGCGGUGUGUAUUAUUUGCAUAUUUUACACCACGGUUGGCGGCUUGAAGGCUGUCGUCUGGACGGAUGUUAUUCAAACCAUAAUUAUGGUGGGCGCCAUAAUUAUCGUUGUCGUCAAGGGCACCCUGAAUGCGGGCGGCCUGGGCGCGGUCAUCCAAAGGAAUCUGGAUACUGGACGCCUCGAAUGGCCCGAAUGGACAUUCGAUCCGAAGACCCGCAUGUCCGUCUUCGCCCUGUUCGUGGGCUACACAGCCCAUUCGACGUACAACAUCGGCUGCAAUCAGAUCAUCACCCAGCGACUGCUGUCGCUGCCCAGCGUGAGGGCAAUGGGGCAGAGCACAUUGCUGUUUGGGUUCGGUGUGAUCAUCCUGACGUCACUGACCUUGUAUAAUGGCCUGCUGCUGUUCGCCACGUACCACGACUGCGAUCCGCUGACCACGAAGCUAGCCAAGGCAAAGGAUCAGCUGGUGCCGCUGCUGGUCAUGGACACGCUGGGCGCAUAUCCGGGCGUGUGCGGCAUGUUUGUGGCUGGCGUGUUUAGUGCCUCGCUCAGCUCGCUGUCCACGGCGCUCAACUCGAUGGCCGCCGUCCUGCUGGAGGACUACAUCAAGCCGCUCUGCAAGCGGCCCCUGACGGAGCGCCAGACGGCCAUCACGAUGCGGCUCUGCACCGUUACCAUUGGCACCCUGAGCACCGUCCUGGUGUUCGGCGUGGAGCGCAUGGGCACGCAUGUGAUGCAGCUGUUCAUGAUACUGAGCUCGGUGACGCAGGGUCCGCUGUUUGCGCUCUUUGUGAUGGGCAUGCUCUGCCCGCGCCUAAACUCAAAAAGUGCUCUGACUGGCGCCCUGUGCUCCUUCGUCUUCAUGACCUGGCUGUGCAUCAACGCCCAGCUGGCCGCCCUCUCGGGUGAGCUGCACUACGAGCCGAAGCCGGUGAGCGUCGAGGGCUGCACCUACGGGUACGACGCGCCGGACGUGACUCUCGCAAAUGCCACAUUGACUGCCACGGAGCCGGCUUCGCUCAGCUUUUUCCAGCAGAUCUACUACACAUCCUUCAUGAGCUAUACUUUGUUCGCCUCUCUUGUGGGCAUCCUGGCUGGCCUGCUGUCGAGCCUCGUCUUUGGACGGCUGAAACUGGAGCAAGUGGACGUGGAGCUGCUGGCGCCCUGCAUGCGGCGAUUCUAUAAGAGCAAAUACGCCAGCGUGGAGCUUAAUGAUUCCGCAUUAAAGUCUGCCUAAAGAACAUAAAAUGUGCUUACGACUUAAGACUUAAGCAAUAAAAAUUUUGAUUAAGUA